CAAAAAAGAUGGCGUUCGUUUGAUUUUGUUUUGUUGACAAUCCGUUUUUUGACUUGACGUGAGCGAAGGUAAAAGUGACGUUUUAAUAAUAGAGGAAAAUUAACGUUCGAGUGUUUCCGCAACAAUUUAAUUCCCAAAUAUGCGAAAUGUGAUUACGAACGAGAUAAAAGUUGAUCGAUAAUGUAACCAUAACACAACUCCACCAUUACCGCCGGUAUACGUGCUAACAUGCAUUGAGACAUAUUGUUAUUAAUCGAAAGAUAAAGCGAGCGAUGUCCAACAACAACAACACGUCGAUAUCGAAGUCGAGGGGCCCCGGCAGGCCGCCGAAGAAGAUCACCUCGUGUACGUGGUGCAACGAGACGAAACUCCCCUUAAAAUACGUCUUUCCCACCACCAAUGGAAAGAAAGAAUUCUGCUCGGAGACGUGCCUGGCGGAGUUCCGCAAGGCCUACGUCAAAGGGGCUUGCGUCCAAUGCGACAACGUAAUCAGAGGCAACAACAACGCCCCGUCGAAGGAAUACUGUUCCACGUACUGCAUGAACAAGCACCAGAAGAAGGAGCUCUCCAACUCUCACGCCAGAGUCGCCGCCGUGGCCCCCACCACGCCCAUGGAGGGCUCCUCGCCGGGGCCGUUCCAGUACGAGACCUAUCAGGUGUUCAACUGGGAGGAGUACUUGAAGGAGACGAACUCCGUGGCGGCGCCGCAGAGCUGCUUCAAGCAGGCCCCCAGUCCGCCGUACAACGAUUUCGAAGUGGGCAUGAAGCUGGAGGCGCUCGACCCGAGGAACGUUACUUCCACUUGCAUAGCUACUGUUAUAAGCAUACUGGGGCCUAGGUUGAGGUUGAGGCUCGACGGCAGCGAUAACAAGAACGAUUUCUGGCGAUUGGUCGAUUCCAGCGAGAUACAUCCGAUCGGGCAUUGCGAGAAGUUGGGAGGAAUGCUUCAACCUCCUUUAGGAUUUCGUAUGAACGCCAGUUCGUGGCCGAUGUUUCUGCUCAAAAUUCUGAAAGACGCCAAAAUGGCGCCUGCGAAGAUUUUCCAAAAGGAGCCGGUGGGCCCCAAGCAGAACAAUUUCCAAAUCGGACAGAAAUUGGAGGCCGUCGAUAAGAAAAAUCCCCAGUUGAUCUGUUGCGCUACCGUAGGAGCGGUGAAGAACGAGCAAAUUCACGUCACAUUCGACGGCUGGAGAGGAGCCUUCGAUUAUUGGUGCAAAUACAACAGCAGGGACAUUUUUCCCGUGGGAUGGUGCGCCCGAUCGGGUCAUCCGAUGCAACCGCCCGGACAAAAGAACAAUUCUAGCACCAACAGGUUCAGGAUGAAACCGGCGCUGGCGGCGCCGCCGCCGCCCAACCCGCCGCCCAAUUCGUCGGCCGUCACGUCGACGGCGGCGGACAAUCAGAUACAAUCGCCCGAGGCGGACACGUCGGCGCCGCCGCCGCCGCCCGUCGCCGUCUACGUGCGAAAAGGCUGCGCCGGCGGCGCGCUCGUCGACGCCACGUUGCUGCCGGCCUCGGUGGAGGAGGCCACGUUGCCCGAUUUGGCCAAGCAACUGAUCGACGGGAUAUUGCGGGCGUCGCACAAAUCGGAGAAGAUCCUCGCCCGAUUGGGCGUGGGGGCGCCGUCGGGCGGCGAGGAGACGGCCAUCACGCACGAGGGGACUACCUACACCGUUAAAUUACCUCGAUUGACUAAAAUCGGAGAUUUGGACGGGUUGUUUCGACAGUUGACGCAGACGCUCGGUUGCUGCCAGAAUUUGUUUAGUUUAGAGCAAUCUGCGAAAUCGUGCGAGGCGUGCGACAUAAAAUCGGCGCCGCCGCCGCCGAAGCGUAAACCGCCGCCCGAGCAGGAGGCGGCGACGUCGACGACGCCCCCCGAGCCGUCGUCUAAUUCUCCAUCGGAGUCGCCGUUGGCCGGUUUGAGUAAAAUACCGACGCAAGAAUGGGGAAUCGAGGAGGUGAUACAGUUUAUCGAAUCCAGCGACGCCUGUUUGGGCGUCCAUGCUGAGUUGUUUAGGAAGCACGAAAUCGACGGUAAAGCGUUCCUGUUGCUGAAUUCUGAUAUGAUGAUGAAGUAUAUGGGUUUGAAGUUGGGCCCGGCGUUGAAAAUUUGCAAUUUAGUAUCAAGACUUAAAGGUAGACGGCAUUUAUUGUAAGUAUACUUGUUUUUUUUGUAUGCGGAGUACAGGUUCAUUUUGAAUCGCCGCGAUAAGUUGAUGAUUAAUACUUUUAUUUUCGAAAGACUCUAAUGGACAUUAUCUUGUUAGUUAUUGGAUAACUCACUAGUGGAGUUGUACAUGAAACAAACUGCGUUGUAAAUAGUUAAGCAUUCUUUUGUCGGUCGAUAUCAAUGAGACUUGAUUUUGUUUAUCUAAAAGUUUGUGAUAUUGCUUUAUUUUUAUUUUCAAAGAUUACAUUAUUUUUUUGUCUAUGAAAUAAUUUAAUGUAGAACUCAAUUUGAGAUGUCUAAAUGUGGAUAAGAUGUUAAUUAUAUUUUUUGGUAAAUCGACAAUUAAAAUAUUGUAGAUGUAAAUAUACAGUACUUACGCCUAAGUGAAAUGUAAAUUUAGAAAUUCGAUAAGCGUUUUUGAAAUCCUUCGGUAUUUAACUAUAAGUAUGUUGUAAGGGUUAAGUAACGUUUAAUUUUUGCUUAAAGUUCCCCAUUCCCCAAAAAUAUCUGCAAAUUUAUUCAUCUUGAACGAUUUUUUUAACAUUUUUUUUACAUACGAACCAUUAUUAUUGUUCCUUACGUAUGGAUUCUGCGACAUUUUUAUAAGCUGCAAAACUGUAAGAUAUCUAUGAUUUUCAUAUCGUCGCAGAAUCGAUACGUUAAUUCACAAUAACGUAUAUAUAAUGUAUUUCCUACCACUCUGUUAUGUACUGCAUUGUUUUUUUAUUUCGACAGUUUUGUAAUAGAGUAAUAUUGUAGAUUUUUUCAAAAUAAAAGUUAAAAAUAAUUUUAA